UGUCUGCAAUAUUUACUGGAUCGUGAUUGGUUGUCGUAUUUCAUCUUUGUUGUCUGUCCUCAGCUGUUUUGUGUUGACGAUUGAAGAUAUUUAAUUUAUCGUGUAUAAUCCUAAAAAUUGUUGAGUGACAUGAAAUGCAAUUAUCCAAAAUUCUUUGUUUCAAAUGCCCCAACUUAAUUAUUCAUCUCACUAAUAGUUGAAACCAUAAUUAAAAGCAACCUGUCGUCGUUUUGUUCCUUGUUUAUUUAUUAUUCCUUUGUUGUCUAAUGAAAGUGAAAUAGGCAUGCAGUAAUCUUAAGUUAUAAAUGAAUUAGGUAUGCUUUGAUCGCUGUGAUAAUAUUUCUGCAAUAUGGGAAAUUGUUUGAAAUCUGUUUCAACUGAUGACAUAUCUUUAUUACGAGAAAAUCAGAGUGCUAGAGAAUCUUCAUCAGAUCAACUUGGACCACCACCACCAUACCAAGAAACUGUAUCUGUCCCAGUAUAUUACCCUUCACCUAAUGUAAGUCGACCAGCUUCACAGUUGACUGAAGAAGAGCAGAUAAAAAUAGCUCAAAGGAUUGGACUCAUACAGCAUCUUCCUACUGGGAAAUAUGAUGGAAGUAAAAAGAAUAGAGAAUGUGUCAUAUGUAUGGGAGAAUUCAACUUUGGGGAUCCAAUUCGAUUUUUACCUUGCAUGCAUAUCUACCACACUGAUUGUAUUGAUGAUUGGCUGAUGAGGUCAUUUACAUGUCCAUCUUGCAUGGAGCCUGUUGAUGCAGCUCUUUUAACCACAUACCAGACAAACUGAACUUAUAAUUUUUGUCUGCAUUGUUCUUCUUGAAAAAAAUUCAAGAUCCAACUAGCAAAGUCUGAAACUUGUCAGACAAAACUUAAGUGUUGAAUCCUCUGAUUACCAUUAUGUAUGAUAAAUGUAUCCUGAAUGCCUUCUUUCUGUUGUUUUUAUUAUUUUUUUUUUUUUUAGUUGAAAGAGCAGAUAUGAAUUUGGGUCCUUUUAAAAUAUAUUUUUUAUUACAAUAUGAAGAAUCACAAUAAUUUAGUUAUAAGUCAUCUCCUGUUGUACCAGUCAUGUGUAGAAUUAUCAUGGUGUGUUGCAUUUUAUUUUUUGGCUCAUCAGUUUUAGAAGUUUUGGCUGACUGUGUUGAAAAAUAUCUAAAAAAUUGUAGUUUCAGUAAUAUUGUAAAAUUGUGUAAAGUUUCUCUCUCUGUGUCUGUGUUCCUAAAUUAUUAUUAUUUUUUUUUUUUUUCUCCUUCUGUUUUAAAAAUUCAAAGUACAAUUUACAUACUUUGUUAUAUUCUUUUCACUUGGAUUAGUCUUCAGGCACUAUUCAAUAUUUCUAUAAAUUAAAUACUUGAUGAAUAAAAUUUACAAUCAAACUUUAAUUGUAAAUAUCUCACAAAGCACACAUGCUUAUAAUUGUUCUUAUAUAUGGAUAAUGAUAAUUUUUUUAAAGCCUGAACAGAAAUUUUCUGCUGUAAUUUUUAAUGAAUUUCCUAGUAUCAGCUGUUUUGUUGAUGUUAGGUUUUUGAGAUGGGGAAAUAUAUUCAUUUAAAUGAUAUAAUAAUUAAAAAAUAUUUUGUAACUAAAACAGUUUAUAUUCCUGCAAAAGAAAAGGAAGAAAAAAAAAUUAUUCCUUUGCAUGUUCAGAUUUUACUGACUUUCCAUAAAAUAGAAAUAUUUUUGUAAAAAGGGUCAUCCACUCAUUAAUCAUUAAAUAUGGUAAGAUAUGUGGCUAUAAGAUAUGUUACUUUUAUUAAGUAAAAAGGUGGAAUGAUAUUGAACUUUUUAUACUCAUUUUCGAGUAUUAAUAUUGUGGAUAAGAGUUAUUGUCCCAAUAUUUUUUUAUAUUUAUUGUUUGGUUAAUACUCUUAUCCAAGAGAUUCAUGAAAUAGAAUAAUCAUAAUUGUUAUUUCUUUUUCCUUGUUUGUGUUGUAUAUCUUUGUUUGUGCUAAUGAAUUCAAUUCAGUUUCAGUGUUAAAAUGUUAUCUCCAAGAUAUAAUAUGUGCCAUCAUAUAUUUGUCAGAAUCAAUAACUUGGCUUUGAUCAUUUCAGAGUUACUUUCAAUGUUUAGUAAAUAUGCUUACAAAAUAUUAUUUUAAUAAUGGUGGCAUUAUAUUAAAUUAUCAGCUGCAUCAUUCCCAUUAAAACAAAAUGGUUAACAUUUUCACUUCAUUAUCUGCUUUUCUUAACAUUUUUAUAAGGCAUUAUAAUUUUUUAUAUAAUGCCUUUAAUGUUUCCUUUGUUUUAAAAUAUGAUGUAAUUUGCUCUAAAGUUUGUUUUUUAAUAGUUAGCAUGAAAAGAGUUUUCUUUAUUUACUACAAAAAUUCAAAUAGUUAUCUGCAUUUCACUGGUUUUUAGGUUUAGUUUGUGGGUUUUUCAAAACUUUAUAUUUGUGCUAGGAAGUUUGAAAAAUACCAUUAUGGCAUGCUAAGGGAGGAAAUAUUAAUAUGUAUGUAGAAAGAAAUGAAAGUGCUUUCUAUUUCCCAAGGCAUUAUUAUAUUAAAAGUGCUUCUAUAGUUUUGUAUUCUGUGCUGAAUGGAGUGAAUGCAAAUAUUUUUUCUUUUUUUUUAUAAAAUUAUUUAGAGAGAAACUGUAUAUUUUUAACCAUUAAAAUUUAAAAAUAGUUCAUUAUUAUUCAGAUAUGUUUAAUUUCUGUCCUAUAAUUGGGAGAGGUAGUAUUUAGCAAUUACUGUGAAGUAAGAUUGCAGAAUGCGGUAAUAUAACUAUAUAGAAAAAUAAGUAAAUGAGUAAGUUGAUAUAUAUAUAAAAAAAAUGAAUGCAUUAGAUAAAAGCUUGUUUUGAAAUUUUGAAAUCACUUAAAAAUACAUUGAUAGGAAUAUUUCAAGAAAUUUUAUUAGUUCUAAGAAUUAAUCGUGGUGCUAGAAGAUGAAUGAAUCUCUUUUCUAGUCGUUUUGUUCACAAUGAUACUGAAUGUUUGCUUUUAACUUCUCUGCUUUCAUAAUUUUUUAAGUUAAUGGGGUAAAAAAAAAAAUUUUUUUUAAUGUAUCAUUUUUAUAAAGGUAAAAACAUAAAUAUAUAAAAGUUUUAAAGGUAAAAACAUAAAUGCGAGAAACAUAAAUAAAAUAUUAUUAAAUGUCUCUUUUAAGGUCAGAAUCCUUACUUAAAAUGUUAGUAAUGCUGUAGUGUGCAUUAAAAGCAUGGUCUUUUAAAAAAUAUCUACUGAAAAGAGUUCAGUGAACAAAAAUUAGCUGAAGCUUCCUUUUCCAAUGUUGAUCUAAGUAUAUAUUAAAAAAGGAAUGAUAAUUCUUAGUUUGGACAAGUAGGGAAGAAGUUAAAAUAAUUUCGUAAAUCAAAGAUUUUUCUUUGUUUAAAAUCCUAUCUGGUUAUCUUGAGGGGAUCAGAUAGUUUUAAAGGGCAUUUUUAAAUAUAACUCAUUAUUGCAUCAGACUUGUAAUUAAAAAGAAAAUAUUUAGAAUAUUGCUGAAUAUAUUGGAAAUAUUAUUUGAUACUAAAAGAGAAUAUUGAGAAUGCUUAUUUACUAAAUUAAAUGUUGACACCUUUAUUAUUAUUAUUAUUUAUUUAUUUAUUUGACAUAAAAAUUUAUAAACCAGAGAAGCUUUGACAUGUGAAGACUAUGAAUCCAAAUUCUAAAGUCUUCCUAAAGAAAGUUAAAUUUGUGCUAGAGUAUAUGAAAAUAAUUCAAAUUUCAAACUGAGCUUUGUAUAUAAGUAUACAUAUAUAGUCAUGGCUUGACUAUUAUAAUUGGUACCUUUUUUAUCUACUUAAAUUGCAGCUUGCUUUGAUAUGCAUGAAAAAGGAAUAAUAAUUAAGUGUUCAACUGAUGUGAUAGUCAUUGCUUUGUGAUAGCUGCUUUUUCUUUUGUACACAGCUUUUAUUGAUAUUAGGGUGUUGGCUGUAUCCAUACUGUAUAUAUGGGAGUGACAGAUAAACGAAAGUGUAUUUAAUGUGCUAAUGUUUUUUUAUAUACCUGCAUUUCGAUUUAUUUAUAUUUGUAUAUGUUCUAUAUUGGUGAAAAAGAUAAGCAGUUUGUUAUCUUGUGGAUAGGUUAGUUCAUCUGUAUGAUUUAGUGAAAGACUGCUUUGAAAUGAUAGAAGACAGAUGACAGUAAAUGAAUGUUUUCGUGAUAAAAUAUUAUGGUUUCUAAGAGAAAGUGAAAUCAAAAUCAUGUAGAAUGUUCAUGUAAUAUGUGGACGACCCCCUCUGAAAAUAAAAGUUAUUGAAUCUGA